GUUCAUAAAGAACUGCCUUAAUUUUUUGUUGUUGGUGACAAAAGCUGGUGUCCUCGACCACAUUGCUGACAUCACUCACCAGAUGUGUGUCUAGGUGUCCUGUGUGCUGAGCUACUCUGGAACAGAGCUCUCCAUUCACGUUCUGUUUUCGUCUUGUAUCAUCCAUGUUGUAUGUAGUUGCCCUGCUAGGACUUUUGGGGAAGAGUCCUUCUGCGUGUAUCACAGGAUGCGUCUCUGUCCAGCCAUGGCCAAGUGGGGUCACCGAGGGUGUGGUCCUAGUGCCUGGCAGUUGUGAAAGUGGUGCUGCCGGGACAUUGUUCGGAUCAUUCCAUGAGCCUGACUUUGCUCAGCCAGAGGGUUUGUGUCAUUGCCAGUAGCCAGACCCGUUUCCCCUCUUCCUCUGGCAGCUUUGGCACUCCCGUGUCUCCUGUGGUUUCUAGCCCAGGAAUAGCGCCCCCUCCCUGGGCUCCCAUCUCACCUGCUCUCUCACCGCGCUUUCCUCAGUGCUCGUCAUCGUCAGCCCUCACGUAUGUGCUGUGAGAUGUUGAAAGUUUCUGUAUUGACCUUGGACAGCAGCUAGUGUUUGCAUAGUAAUGUUCGUUCAUGCAUGCUUCUCCCCAGCGCUGCUUCAGCAGCAGAGGAGGAUAUGCAGGAAUCGGUGGCAAUAGGAAAUGCAUUGUAUGCUGUGCCUCUUUGUCGUGUCAGACCCAUAUCCUUCCCCUGGUGUGUUUUCACCAUUUUCUGACCCUAGAAGCCUAGGAGCACGAAGUAGGCAGCCAGUCCGUCCACUGAACUUUCUUCCUUUGCAAAGCAUUUCAUAUAUAGAUGUGUUCCUCCCCUCCCUUUAGUCAACAUGGAAUUCAAAAGCAUUUCUUUGCGUUCAGGUUGCUGCUGUGGAGCCGACGAUGUGGAAGCACCCCGUGAACAGAGGGUUUCUGUGGGAAUCUCACAGGGGAAGAAUCCCAAGGCAACCUCGUCUUCCCAGAAGAGACACCCCUGCGAGAGUUGCGGGCCGGUCUUGAGGGACAUUUUCCACUUGGUUGAGCAGCAGGGGACACAGCACAGCCAGAAACUGCUGAGGUGUGGGGCGUGUGCAAAACGAUUUUAUUUCAGUGUAAACUGUCACCAGCUUAAGGAGCAGCACAUGGGAGGGGAGCCCUUCAGAAGUCGUGUGGACAAGGCCUCAUUCGUGACGAGCGGCAGCACCCACCUGUCAGGGAAGACCUUGACCUCUGAGCAGAAUGAGAGGGACUUCCUGUCCAGCUUGGGACAUCGGCAACCACAGCUCACUCAUAAAGCGAAGGAGCCGAAGGAGGGCCCCCAGUGGGAAGCAUCUUCACAGAACAGAAUAAGUCUUGACCAUCCAGGGAAAUGCAAAAAGGCCUUUAACCCCAAACGCCUGCUUGUUCAGGACCAAGAUGUCUAUAUUGCAAGAAAAUGUUUUGUGUGCAGUGAAUGUGGAAAAAUAUUCAGGUACAAAUCCUCAUUUGUUACUCAUUGCCGAGUCCACACUGAAAAAAGUAUUUACGUGCGUGACAAAGGUCGGAAAACCUUCAGUGGACGCUCAGCCCUCAGUCAGCAUCGAAAAACGGAUACAAGUCAGAGGCAGUCCGCGUGCAGCAAAUGUGGGAAAUCCCUCAGCCACAAGCCUGUCCUCGUUACUACCCAGGAACAACACGAUGGCGAGAACAGUUACAUGUGCAGUGAAUGUGCACUACCGUUUAGUCCUAGUUCAGUGUCCAUUGACUAUCAGAAAGUUCAAGCGCAAGAAAAACCUUAUAAGUGUAAGGACUGUGCAAAAUCGUUUACCUCUCUUGCUGCCCUCAGUUAUCAUCAGAGCUCUCACACAGGAGAAAGACCUUACGGGUGCAGUGAUUGUGGGAAAUCUUUUAUCUCUAGGUCUGACCUCCGUUAUCAUCAGAGGGUUCACACUGGAGAAAGGCCUCAUGAGUGCAGUGAAUGUGGGAAAUCUUUUAUCACCCGUACAGCUCUUCGUUAUCAUCAGAGAGUUCACACUGGAGAAAGGCCUUAUGAAUGUAGUGAAUGUGGGAAGUCCUUUACCCGAAGAAAUAACCUCCUUAUACACCUUAGAGUUCAUUCAGGGUACAGGCCUUAUGAGUGUGGUGAAUGUGGGAAAUCUUUUACCUUUAGUUCUAGCCUCCGUUACCAUCAUAGAGUUCACACUGGAGAAAGGCCUUAUGACUGCAGCGAGUGUGGGAAAUCCUUUAACAAUAGGUGGACACUUGUUAGACACCAGAGGAUUCACACGGGAGAAAAGCCUUACGUUUGCAGCAAUUGUGGCAAAUCUUUUACUUGUAGUUCCACACUUCAGUAUCAUGAGCGAGGCCACCUUGGGAAAAGGCCUUAUGAGUGCAGUGAAUGUGGGAGAUCUUUUACUACUAGCUCUGCCCUCCGUUAUCAUCAGAGUGUUCACACGGGAGAAAGGCCUUAUGAGUGCAGUGAAUGUGGGAAAACUUUUAUCUCCAGAUCUGACUUCCAGUAUCAUCAGAAAACUCACUCAGGAGAAAGGCCUUAUGAGUGUAAUGAAUGUGGAAAAUCCUUUAUUCGAAGAAAUAACCUCAUUUUACACCAGAGAGUACACACGGGAGAAAGACCCUAUGAGUGUAGUGAAUGUGGGAAAUCUUUUAACAAUAAGUCAACACUCAUUCAACACCGGAGAGUUCACACAGGAGAAAAACCUUAUGUGUGCACUGAAUGUGGAAAAUCCUUUACUUCUAGCUCCACCCUCUCCUAUCAUCUGAGAACUCAUGCGGGAAAAAGGCCUUAUGAAUGUAGUGAAUGUGGGAAAUCAUUUACAUCUAGUUCCACCCUCAAUUACCAUCAGAGAGUUCACACAGGAGAAAGGCCUUAUGAGUGUAGUGAAUGUGGGAAAUGUUUUGCCAGUAGUGACACACUUUCUUAUCACCAGAGAGUUCACACAGGAAAAAAGCCUUACAAAUGCAGUCAGUGUGGAAAAUCUUUUGCCUCUGGUUCCACCCUUCGUUAUCAUCAGAGAGUUCACACAGGAGAAAGGCCUUAUGAGUGUAGUGAAUGUGGGAAAUGUUUUGCCAGUAGUGACACACUUUCUUAUCACCAGAGAGUUCACACAGGAAAAAAGCCUUACAAAUGCAGUCAGUGUGGAAAAUCUUUUGCCUCUGGUUCCACCCUUCGUUAUCAUCAGAGAGUUCACACAGGAGAAAGGCCUUACGAGUGCAGUGAAUGUGGGAAAUCUUUUAUCUGUAGUUCCAAACUUCGUUAUCAUCAUCGAGUUCACACUGGUGAAAGGCCUUAUGAGUGCAGUGAAUGUGGGAAACUGUUUAGGGAUAGUUCCCAAUUCAGUCAACACCGGAGAGGUCACACUGGAGAAAGACCUUAUGAGUGCAAUGAAUGUGGGAAACUUUUUAUACGAAAAUCGACGCUCUCUCAACAUCAGAGAGUUCAUGUGAGGGAAAGGCCUUAGAGGUGCUAGAGACGUGCAAUUUUCUAUUCAGUGUGCAAGCCCUGGAGGAAAUUGUUUCAGAACUCAUUUGUCUGAAUUGAGACUCAUACGUCUGAAUAUGUACAGUGGAUAGAUUCCCUGUAAGUUUCAUUUAUGAGAAGCCUGUGUAAAUAUGUUACACUCUCUGAUUGGCUGGGGCUCUUCCUAGGCUUAUGUGGCUAAAGUUCUUUAACCUUUCCCACUGGCAUGUCCUUAGAAUUUUUGCAACAGUCAUGGCCUAAUGUGUUCUGGGAAGCUGACCUCUGGUUUCAUAUAUUGUAGAAAUCUAGGAAUAACCAAACCCUCAGUGGUCAGCUUUCCCUUUAUGACUAAUUUGGACAUGGAUUUCAGUGACUGUCCUGACUUCUGCUUCAAGCUUACAGAGAAAUGACUACUGGCUCCAGGGAUGUGUUGGUCUCACAUGACACUUGUGAUGGAAUUUACCGGCUUCCAGUUCAUGGAUUUGGAAGUGCCUCUUGCUCAUUGCUUUGCCUUGUGAAACAGUCGAGGCCUUAUAUUUUCUUUGUCGUUAUUCCUCACCUGAGGGUAUUUUUUCCGUUGGAUUUUAGAGAAAGUGGAAGGGAAGGUGAGAGACAGAAACAUCAGUGUAGGAGAGACAGAUUGGAUGGAAUGACCCACACAUAUUCCAAUCAGGUGCCAGGGACUAAACUUACAACCCAGGUACAUGCCAUUGACUAGGAUCAACCAGAGAUAAUUCAGUAUGUGGGGCCCAUGCUCUAACCAUGGAGUCAUACCUGCAAGGGCGAAAAGACAUCUUUAAUAUGGGAAACCAAAAUCAGGGAAUUAUGCUCUCCUCUCUUUUUAUGUCUAAAAUGUAAUUUGGGUAAACAUAAAGUUAGGAAAACUUAGAGGUGAUUUCUAUUUAGUAAGUGCUAACAUCCUG